CGGAAAAAUUAUUUCAUUAGUAAAUAAAAAGCAAUAACUUUUUAUACUUAAAACAAAAUCAAACAUCGUGGUAUUAGAAAACGAUUCUCAAGUGAAAAUAUAUUUUGUAAUUAAGGCAUGACGACAAAAUCGAAUGUGUUGACUAUUGGAACAGAGAGCAGAGAAGUUUUAAAGGAACACCGGAUUCCAAAGAGCCCCAAGGAGCUGAAAGAUUCAGAUCUGGAGGAAUAUUUGCAGCAAAUAUUACUAAAUGAUGCUAAGCCACUGACAAGCUUACAUGUAGAUGGAUCAGUUGAAACGAUUUCAGCGAGUGAAAAUAGGAAGAAUGGACAGUAUAUUUACGAGUUUGGUCCGAGUGAUAAGAUAAAUGGUUAUAUGAUAAGUUGCCCCGCAUUUCAAUCAAAGGGCGCUAUAGAGCGCGUUAAAAGGAAAAUAAAUAAAAGCCACUGGAUAUCUGGAAACGUCGUCAAGUAUCCCAAGGAUUCCAGAAAUUUUAUAAUCGAUAUUGUUCCUCAAGCUGUGCGUGAGGAAAGCUCGGAUAUAUAUUAUUACCUUAGUUAUCUAAAAGAACACUACAAAAGAAAGUGAACUAAAAAACAUAUGAUUUUUGCCAUUAUCCAGGGGCUAUAAACAAACCAAACCCCAUCACUAAUUUCGAGCUUUCAGCUGAUUUCAUUUGAAAAUAAAUAAAAGAGCUGGUCACAACCAAAAUCAGACGUUAUUAAGAAUAAAUCAGAACAUAACAUGUCCUCGAAUUCAGGCAUUUUAAUUAUUGGAAGUGACACCUGCGAGUCAUUCGGCAAAGUGCCAAAAACCAGUAACCCCAAAGCUUACUUUGAGUUUGACUUUGAAAAACAUAUGCAGAAACUACUUCUUGAUGGCGAAAAGCCCGAAAAUUUGAAUGAAUCGAGCGUUGGGAGGUUUGCAGCCACCGAGAUAAUGAGAAACGGAAAACAAUACUACGAGUUUGGACCUGAUAGUUUGAAAAAUGGAACUAUUGUAAGCGGAGUUGCAUUUAAUCCGAAAGAUAUGCUCCUACGUGUCAAGAAUCGAAUCGGUAAAGAGCACUGGGUCAACGAAAAUGUUAUUCAGUAUAAAAAAGAUUCCCUGUACUUUAUACAGCAAAUUGUUUGCGAUGCCUUGAAAGAAGAAGAAAUGGAAAUCUACCAAUUUUUAAAGUAUCUUAACAAAUCUAAGAGUAAAAAGUGAAAUUAUUUAAAAAUUAUAAUAUUGUUGGUAUUAUUUUUUUAAGUUUAAUAGAGGUAAAGAGGUCCAUCCCUAAUAUAGAGCUUUUUGAUAUAAAGUUUUUGUUGUGAAAGGGAUGAGUGUGUUUUCAUGCUCACCAAAAAAUUCUACUUAAGCAACAAGUGAAGUGGUUUCAAUGUUAUCAGAUAUUUAUAAGAACUGUGGGAAGUAAUGGCAGAUCCAAAUCGACAAUUACUAAAAAUGGUUUCUCGGAAGUCUCUUCAAUACACUUCGAAAGGCCCAAGCCAAGUAGAGGAACUCCUCGAAUCAAGGAUAAAAUAGACGCUACAACGUUUCCCGCCGUUUUGUGUAGAACAAUGCUAAAGAGCAAUGUUCUCCCUCCUCCCCCAAAGGAUGAUAUUUGGAUUUAUACUCAACUUGUUUGUUUUUUGUACCUUGAAAAGCCGGCAACUCGAAAAAGGGUUUAUCAUAUGUUUCUGUCGAACGACAAGGAUAUGGAAGACGACUACGAGAAAGUGACAAAACUGUACGAGAAUCGAAGAGACAUCAGGGUUGUAAAUCGAUUAACCGAAAACACACUAUGUGCGAGAACCCUAUACCGCACGAUUCAGAAAACCUUUUCGGAUGCCGUGUGGAACAAGCAGGGCAAUGUUUUUGAGACUGAGAUGACAGCAGAGACAGACAUUUGGGCGCUUUCAAGAAGAAUAAAUGCAAUGCGCCCCGAGGAUGACGAAAAACUCUUCAACUACAUCAAGUUUCUGAGCGUUACGAAUAAUUGAGCAGAAAUUUUGACCCUAGGGUUUAAGAGUAAUUCCAUGUCUUAAAUAGGUGUAUAUAUCAUCAAUCAAUCUUGUAAAGUGUUUAUAUCCUAGACAUAAAUAUACAAGAACCACUAUUUAAUUUAACCGUCAUGGUUGACCCUAAUUUGGAAAAAACCUUUUAAAAAGGUUUAGAGACAAAAACAAACCAUCACUAAUGGUUAAGUUGAUUUUAUUAGUAAAUAAAAAGAAUAAUAAUUUACUCAAUGUAAUAUCCCGAUCAGCUAAGCUGAAUUCUUUAUUUUGGUUAUCUAUCUACUAGGUUAAAUAUUUUUCAGAACUGAAAAUGCGUCGAAAUACUCAAAAUAGUAUAGGAAAGGGACAACUGAAAUUAAAGAAAGAAACCCGAUCUUAAAGAAGAAUAAAGAUUUCAUAUUUUUCAAGUAUAAAAAAGAUUUCAGAGACUUCA